CCACCACUGCCUGUCUGUCGCCCUCAUUGCAACCAUGCUUGCCUCUGGACUGCUCCUGGUGACUGUGGUGGCCUUCCUCAGCAUCAUGGUCUUGAUGUCUGUCUGGAAGCAGCGGAAGCUGGCAGGGAAGCUGCCUCCGGGACCCACACCACUGCCCUUCAUUGGAAACUUCCUUCAGCUGAACCUGGAGCAGAUGUACGACUCCCUCAUGAAGAUCAGUGAACGCUAUGGUCCUGUGUUCACCAUCCACCUGGGGCCUCGCAGAAUCGUGGUGCUCUGUGGGCAGGAGGCAGUCAAGGAGGCUCUGGUGGACCAAGCUGAGGAAUUCAGUGGGCGGGGCGAGCAGGCCACCUUUGACUGGCUCUUCAAAGGCUAUGGAGUAGUCUUCAGCAAUGGGGAGCGAGCCAAGCAGCUGAGACGCUUCUCCAUUACUAUCCUGCGGGACUUUGGUGUGGGCAAGCGUGGCAUUGAGGAGCGCAUCCAAGAGGAGGCGGGCUUUCUCCUCGAGGCAUUCCAGAAGACAAAGGGUGCUACCAUUGACCCCACCUUCUAUCUGAGCCGAACAGUCUCCAAUGUCAUUAGCUCCAUUGUCUUUGGGGACCGAUUCGACUAUGAGGACAAAGAGUUUUUGUCACUGCUGCGGAUGAUGCUGGGAAGCUUCCAGUUCACGGCCACAUCCAUGGGGCAGCUCUAUGAGAUGUUUUCUUCUGUGAUGAAGUACCUGCCGGGGCCACAGCAGCAGGCCUUUAAGGAGCUGCAGGGGCUAGAGGACUUCAUAACCAAGAAGGUGGAGCAGAACCAGCGUACCCUGGAUCCCAAUUCCCCCCGGAAUUUCAUCGACUCCUUCCUCAUCCGCAUGCUAGAGGAGAAGAAGAACCCCAAUACAGAGUUCCACAUGAAAAACUUGGUAAUGACCACACUGAACAUCUUCUUCGCGGGCACAGAGACAGUCAGCACCACCCUGCGCUAUGGCUUUCUGUUGCUCAUGAAGCACCCGGAUGUUGAGGCCAAGGUCCAUGAGGAGAUUGACCGAGUGAUUGGCAGGAACAGGCAGCCCAAGUAUGAAGACCGCCUGAAGAUGCCCUACACUGAGGCUGUGAUCCAUGAGAUCCAGAGAUUCGGAGACAUGAUCCCCAUGGGUGUGGCUCGCAGGGUCACAAAGGACACCAAGUUUCGGGAUUUCCUCCUCCCUAAGGGAACUGAAGUGUUUCCCAUGCUGGGCUCUGUGCUGAAAGACCCCAAGUUUUUCUUCAAUCCCAGAGAGUUCAACCCAAAUCACUUCCUGGAUGACAAGGGGCAGUUUAAGAAGAGUGAUGCAUUUGUGCCCUUUUCCAUUGGAAAACGGUACUGUUUUGGAGAAGGACUGGCUAGAAUGGAGCUCUUUCUCUUCCUUACCAACAUCAUGCAGAACUUCUGCUUCAGAUCCCCACAGGCGCCCCAGGACAUUGAUGUGUCUCCUAGACUUGUGGGGUUUGCUACCAUCCCACCAAACUACACAAUGAGUUUCUUGCCCCGCUGAACCAGGGAUGGAUGAGGGUAAAGAGAAGGAUUGAGACUAGGUUAGUUGGGGUGGGGUGGGGGUGAAGGGGCCAGAUGAACUGGAAAGACAGAGGACAAAGAAUAGACUUACUGAAAAUAGACUGCCUUGCUGAAGGUAGAUAUUUCACAGGUAAAGCAAGAGGAGGUGGAAAAUCAUACUAUGUUGGGAAUAAUAAUAAUAAUAAAAUCAGGGUUUAUUUUUGGAAUAA